AGACUACCUUGAGUUUGUUGAAAUUGUUUUUCCCAUCCUAUGUUUCCCUCCAUUAACAACCCUCUAGAAAAUCAAUCAAAAGAUCUGAGACUGAAGUAAAAGAAGAGAAAGCAUGGGUUGGAUCAUAGGAGGAGAUUCAAUAGAUUCUAUUAUAUCCAUUCAGAUUAGACAGCUACUUACACAAGCCAUCACUCUUGGUAGAAUUGUUUCAUCCGCGUUGAUAAUAUGGAAGAUACUGUUGUGUGUUACUGGGUGUGAAUCACCUGUUGUUGUUGAUCUCUCUUUUAGUAUGGAACCUGGGUUUAAAAGGGGUGAUAUGCUGUUCUUACACAUGAACGAGACUCCAAUUCGCGCCGGGGAAAUCCUUGUGUUUAAUAUCGAGGUUCAUGAAAGGCGGGAUACUGGAGAAGUUAAAGUCCUCACAAAAGGGGAUAGUAAUGUUCAGCCUGACAAGAGGCUGUAUGCUCCAGGUCAGGAAUGGCUUUAUCGGCAUCACGUUGUAGGAAGAGCUGUGGGUUUCUUACCAUAUGUCGGGUGGCUGACAAUUAUAGUGACUGAAAAUCCUAUCAUCAAGUAUGUUCUAAUUGGUGCCUUGGGGUUGUUUAUUAUAACAUCAAAGAAUUAAGCAAAUUCAAAUUUGGACAGUCUCGAUUGAGAUGCUUGAUUGAUUGACUUGCUGCUUCUCUUUUACGUUCCCUUGUAAUAUCUAUAUGUACGUUGGACGAAAAAAUUGAACUUCUGUUUUGAUUAGACCAUGUUGCUUCUGACUUCGGUUUUGUUUUGUGUCAAUGGUAGGUAAGAAAUAUGUGGUCUCAAUUCUCAAGCGCGUGCAUUUAUUUUUGUAGUCAAAAACCCAAGAUACAUUUUCAAAAUCAUAAAAAUUCAAACACGUCAAAGUGAGAACAUGACUUGGUCUCAUGCUUGUUCUAGCUUUAGACAUUUUAUGUUCUCACCUUUAUAUAUACCAACAAUGCAUGCUCUCCUGUUCUAAGCACUACCUAGUAAGUCUAAGGUAUUUGCAUCAUAAGAUUUCAAUCUUCCCUUAAUUCAUCUUUUAGUCAGGAUUUUCAUAAUCCAAUUGUGUGUCCGAUUUUCGAUCAACCAUCAAACUAACGGCAAAAAAUGAGGAUGCUUCUCUCCCAAGUGUUUCGAUUAUUAUGCCUCAUCCUCCUCUUAUCUCAAGUCGCUGGCAGUAUGGGCCGAGAGGCAGAUAAGCCAAGGCCACAAUCACCGGUUCUUAUAAGAGGGCAGCCUUCACCACGUCCUUGAAAACCAUAGUGACGCAUGAGCUUUCGACAUAGGGAGGAAAAGGAUCAUUUUGCUGGUUGUAGUGAAUUAAGAUUAAGUUUUAAUUUACAUAAUCACAUUAGCAUUUAAAAAAUAUGAAUUAAAAGAAAAGGUGGGCGAGAGCAGGAAUAAUUGUUAUAGGUUUUAUCAUUUAAAAUAUUUCUUUUCGCUUUUCUAUGAGAGUUUUUUGUAUUGUAACAAAAUAAUCAUAAUUUUUUUCUCUCGUCUAAGAUAAGUGAUACGAGUCUUAGAUAUUGCUUUAAUUUGUAAAGGUAAAAAGUAGAAAUAAAUUUAUUUUGUGGUUA